CACAUCUCCUCACCACCUCUUUCCAUGGUGGACAGCAGAGAUGCUUCUACUUUGCUUCUACUGAGAGAGUUUGUGAGUGGACAGAAAGGAAUGGCAAACCCAAGUCAUGAGCAUUGAUCCAGAGCGUGGCUGAAGUCGGGUCAGGGAUGCUGUGAGCCCCUCCUCAUCCCACUCCUCCACCUGGCAGCUCUCAAGCUCCCCCUGCUUCUUCUAAGCAGAAAGACUGACCUUGAGGAAGCUGCAGGCCCAGCAGCACCACCAUGGCCUCUGCCGCCUCCGUCACUACCUUGGCUGAUGAGGUCAACUGCCCCAUCUGCCAGGGCACCCUGAGGGAGCCGGUCACCAUCGACUGUGGCCACAACUUCUGCCGCAGCUGCCUCACUCGCUACUGUGAGACUCUGGGCCUAGAGUCUGAGGACUCCCUCUCCUGCCCGCUCUGCAAAGAACCUUUCCGACCGGGGAGCUUCCGGCCCAACUGGCAGCUGGCCAGUGUGGUAGAAAACAUCGAGCGCCUCAAGCUAGUGUCUGCGCAGGGCACGGAGGAGGAGCACGCGUGCCAGGAGCACGGGGAGAAGAUCUAUUUCUUCUGUGAGGAUGACGAGGCACAGCUGUGCGUGGUGUGUCAUGCAGCGGCGGAGCACAGGAACCACACUGUGCGCUUUCUGGAGGAUGCGGCAGGCCCCUACAGGGAACAAAUACAGAAAUGUCUGAAGUGUUUAAGAAGAGAGAGAGAAGAAAUCCAGGAAGUCCAGUCGAGAGAGAAUAAGAGGAUCCAAGUCCUGCUGACACAGGUGGCCACCAAGAGGCAGCAGGUGGUUUCUGAGUUUGCGUAUCUGCGCCAGUUCCUGGAGGAGCAGCAGAGUGUCCUCCUGGCACAGCUGGAGAAGCUGGAUGGAGACAUCUUGAAGCAGCAGGAUGAGUUUGAUUUCCUGGUCACCGGGGAGAUCUGCCGGUUCAGCGCUCUGAUAGAAGAACUGGAGGAGAAGAACGCGAGGCCAGCCAAGGAGCUCCUGAAGGAUAUCAGAAGCACGCUAAUAAGAUGUGAAACCAGAAAGUGCCGGAAACCAGAGGCUGUGUCCCCUGAGCUGGGACAAAGGAUCCGGGACUUCCCCCAGCAGGCUGUCCCACUGCAGAGAGAGAUGAAGAUGUUUCUGGAAAAACUCUGCUUUGAGUUGGACUAUGAACCAGCUCACCUCUCUCUAGAUCCCCUGACGUCCCACCCCAAGCUCCUCCUAUCCGAGGAUCACCAGCGGGCCAGGUUCUCCUACAAGUGGCAGAGCUCUCCGGACAACCUCCAGCGUUUUGACCGGGCCACCUGUGUGCUGGCCUACGAGGGUUUCACGGGGGGGAGGCACACAUGGGUGGUGAGUGUGGACUUGGCUCACGGGGGCAGCUGCACUGUGGGCGUGGUCAGCGAGGACGUGCAGAGGAAGGGAGAGCUUCGGCUGCGGCCAGAGGAGGGGGUGUGGGCGGUGAGGCUGGCCUGGGGCUUCGUCUCGGCUCUUGGCUCUUUCCCUACUCGCCUGGCCCUGGAGGAGCAGCCCCAGCAGGUGCGGGUGUCACUUGACUAUGAGGUGGGCUGGGUGACCUUUGCCAAUGCUGUCACCCAGGAACACAUCUACACCUUCACAGCUUCCUUUGCACGGAAGGUCUUUCCCUUUUUUGGGCUCUGGGGCCGAGGGUCCAGCUUUUCCUUGAUCUCCUGAGUGGGAAUUGUUGGCCUCCUCUAAGUACAGGAUUCAAAUCAAGGACUGUGUGGGCUUGACCCCUGGUUGGGUCUCCUGGAAGACUUGAAAUAGAAAUGGCUGCUUUAGUUGAUGUGCUGGACUCCAUUUGUAAAGCACAAGGUGAGAUGAUCCCCUGCCUGUCCAUCAGAUCUUUUCCUCAACGCCCAGCUGAUGGGAUGAGUAGGGUCCUUGGGGACUCAGGCUGCUGUCAGCUGUUGGUCACACCACCCCCAAUAGGCACAAACAGAGCUGUGUGGAGGAAAAAGGAUUGGAUUCAGAGCUAGAAUAUCCCGAGUGUAGACCUAUCCUUGCAACCAGUCAAUUGUAUGAUUUUGAAGUCCAGCACCUCACCACCCUUCAACUUAUUGUCUCCCAGAAUUGUUAGUAUGUGUUCAUUCAUACAUCAAGGAAUUUUUGUGUACCAAAUUACGGUCUAAGUGUUGUGGCAGCCAUUGAUGACUUGGAAACAGGAUAAAAAACAAACAAAUGACAACAACAACAACAAACCCAAGCUAAACUAACGUGUCCUUUAUUAACAGGUACAUGUGGGAAGAGAUGGUGCUGCAAGGAGGAAACUGGAGCACAGGCUGGUGGGUGGUGGGGUUGUUAGGGAGGCUUGAUAGGUGGCAAGGCGUGGCUGGAGAGAGAGGGUGAGUCACCGGCAGGGUCUGGAGAACGUGUGUCUGAAGCACACACGUGGUGAAUGAGAAGGGAAAAAGCGUUGCCGGCAGCAAGCAGCAGAGACCUGGCUGACUGGUCUGUGACUCACAGAUAUCUCCACUGUCCUCACAGCCAGGCACAGAGCACCACCACCUCCACAGCCUUCAUGGGCUCCCUCUUCCUGCUAGUGUCAGUUCUGGCUGAGCCGCAGGUACGGGGUAACAGGAGAGGUUGGGCUGUAAAUCACGACCAUUCAGCCCCUAAAGGAGAUGGCCUCCCAGAUUGGUCAGUUAUCAGUUGGGUCAAGAGAGGAGAUGGGAGAAGGGACUUAGCCCCAACAGCUCUGCUGUGAGAGCGGGUGCUGCACCAUCUGUAUCUGCUGCUGGUAGGGGGAACGGCACACUCUCUGGGUGACCUGUAACGUUUAGCCCAAAGAAUUGCCACUGCUUUGGGGUUGUAAGAAUCAUCAUCUGAGGGUGGUGAAAGGAAGGAAAGAUUGGAGACAUGGAGAUGAUGAGUGGAUUCACAGUGGAGAGCUCUGUGGGAGAAAAGGCCUCCGGGGAGGCUGUGAGCAGCACACCGAGUAUGAAGGUGCUAGAUCCUGGAGAGCCCCAGAAAUCAGCCAGAAUGUGGGAAAUGUUCCCCGCAGGUGGAAUUUUAUUCUGCUUGAGCCAGCCAUUCACCUGAUUGCUCAGCUGACAUAUAAACCACUGCGUGUCUAUCGUCCUCCCGCCAUGAUGCGCCCUAGUGGAAGUGAGCGUUCUAGUGUGCAAGCGUUAGGUCCAGGUUGUGAAAACAUGUGGUGACCUGGAGUCAGAGUUUGGAGAGGUGUGACUUUGCUUUCCCUGAGAGAAUUCGAUAUUUCAUAAAAGUAUUGUGUUUUCCAAAUAUUGGUGUAAUGUUUGUAUAAUGACCAAAAUCAAACUGAAACAAAACAAAAACCUGGACUCCCAAACCUAGGACUCCAUUAAAAAUUGGAUUUCAUUUUUCUGCUCAUUUUUGUUGAUCUUAGCUGGGUUUUAAAAAAAGAAUGUAAGAGGCAGGCAUUUGGCCCAGAAUUUAAGAUGCUGCUUGAAAGGCUCAUGUGGUAACUUCACAGGCUAGACUAACCCUCCCUGUGGAGGAUUAUGGAUGCCGAUUCAAGUCCUGGUUGCUCUACUUCCUGAUCUAGCUCCUUGAUGGGAAAGCAGGAGAGGAUGGACCAAGCUCUUGGGCUCCUGCCCCUAUGUGGGAGAAAUGGAAGGAGCUCUUGGCCCUUACCUUGAGAUCAGCCCUGCUCUAACUGUUGAAGAAAUUUGGGAAGUGAGUCAACAGAUGGAAAAAAAAAUCUCUAUUUCUCUCUCUUUCCCUUUUUCUCUCUGUAACUUUGAGUUUCCAACUAAAAAUUAAAAAAAAAAAAAUGAUGCCACUUGAGACACAUCUAUCCCGUUAUGGGGAAAGGCUAGAGGACCUGCUCUAUUUCUCCUUUUCACUCUGUAAAAUCUACCUAUCAAAUAAUUAUAAAUAAAUCUUUAAAAAAACACA